AUGCAUUUAUUGGAUCGCAUCACUGGUGGAGUAGGCAAUGCGGAGGACCAAGUUGUGCAACAACCCAUAACAACUGGUGCUGAUAUUAAAGAUUCUAUAAUAUAUGGUGUCGGUGGUGACAUAUCUGAAGGUGGAGAAACUAACGAUGUAGGAAGUGAAAGAGGAACAAUAGGCACCGUUUCCAUCCCGCGAAUCCAGAUGGGAGAGUGUGGGAAUUUUAGACAACGAUAUACAUU